CUUAGUUCCUUCGGCUGGGAUGGACCUGCUUUAGCUGAUAUUUAAACUACACAUCAAGUAUCCCAGGUGUCUUAGCAAACAGCAACUGGGUCAGUGCUACCCGCAUGCUGAAGACAGCAUAAGAAGGCUCAAGAUAUCAGCUGGCUGUAGACAGAGAGAUGAACAGUUUGUGUCCUGAGCAUGGUCUUGCAAAGGCUUGUUGACUGAUUCGCAAUGCCUGAAGUGGACGAGGAUGAGCUAUCUGAUUCCACAAGGGCGGCCCUUCGGAUACAAGAAGAAAUCGAUGGAAAUGGUCCGACCACCAGUUCCAAAAGCACACCUUCCUCUCGCAAGAGCAGUGCGCAGGUGUCAAAUGGCACGCAUGGGGCAGUUACUGGAAUCGCACUUGGUGAAUAUGCUCACAAAAAGGGUGGUUCUGGAACAGUCCACAUCAAGAUGAAGGGGAGCAAGGCCGGCUUUUUCAGCGAGAGUUUGGAAUCUCUGGCGUAUCGUCAUGACUCAGACGAUGAGGUUAAUCCGGAGGCACCAAGUGGAAGCUUUCGACAAAAGGACUUGGCCAGAGAAGCAAGUGGCACCGGCAGCCAAGCUGUGGGCUUGGAUGGCAAGGUCUACAGCUUCAUUGAAGCGCCAAGCGAUGAUGAAUCCAGCGCUGAAAGAAAUGCCCCGAGUGCGGUGAAGGAUAAAGGCAAGUCCAAAAAAAAAGUGAAGAAGGCCUUUCCGUUGGCCUUCUCCUUGACCUUUUCUUCGGAUUGGCCUCGCCAGCCCCUUCGGCGUGGGAAAAGGAGAAAGGAAAGAAGAAGGCAUUUUUUUGCUAUGGUCUGGGUUCGCGGAGCUCCUGGAUCAAACAAAGUACUUGCUUGGAGGAUGGCAAGAAAAAGGAGAAGAAAAAGAAGGUCCACGCUUCCUCAAGAGCUGGUUUGUUAUCCAACCAUCUAUCCUAAUCACUUUUCAGUGCUCUAGGGAAAGAAACGCAAGCGCUCCGCGCUCAGAAUCUAUAUAAAUUGAAAAUGGGCGGUUUUUGCUCACGCCACAUUGUUCUUCCACCUUUCUAUAUGAGGCUCUUCAACAUCGUCAUCGAAAACGUGACAAUGCUUGAGCUUCUACGCUGGCAAACGGCCAGACAUCCUGAUCGGAGCGUUUUGCAAAUGGAUGGUCCUUUGCACUCUUCAUGCCUCCUUGAUUGUUUGCGCUGUACGUAACAGGGUUUGCUUGUCCAAGAGAAAGUUGAUGGCUUUGCACAAAAUGCACAAGCUCUACUUUGGCUCAGUCAAAAAAAGUGUUACUCCUAACGAGCAAGGGCG